CUGUGUGGACAGUAAUGACCGCACGUUUCCGCUUGCCUGCUGGCAGAACCUACAAUGUCCGAGCGUCUGAGCUGGCACGAGACAGGCAGCAUACGGAGGUGGUCUGCAACGUGCUUCUCCUGGAUAACACUGUUCAAGCGUUCCGAGUAAAUAAACAUGAUCAGGGACAAGUUCUGUUGGAUAUAGUCUUCAAGCAUCUCGACUUGACAGAGAGAGAUUACUUUGGUUUACAGCUGGCUGAUGAAUCCACUGAUAACCCUAGGUGGCUGGAUCCAAACAAACCUAUCAGGAAACAAUUAAAAAGAGGCUCUCCUCACAGUCUGAACUUCAGAGUCAAGUUCUUUGUGAGUGACCCAAACAAGCUCCAAGAAGAAUAUACUAG